AUGCAACAGAGGUCGCCACCACGUUCCUCGCCUGCAGGUCCACCAGACUAUAGGAUGACGCUCCCGUCUUUGAAGAUCGCCAUUGGAGACCUACCUGACCCUGGCCUGAGGGCAUUUGCGUGCCUGUCUCCGAGCAUGGGUCGGCCGUUUGCCUCUUAUGCGUCUCCGGCGUCGUACACAGCAUAUCCCACCAUGUCUCCUCCGGGCCCCCCCUCUCACCACAACUGGCGGACGACGACGGGGAAUUCCAAUGCGUCAACACUUUCAGGUUAUCCUUCCUCGACUUCUGUCUCUGUCUCGGCUCCAGCCUCGUCCAUCAUCACGCCAUCUCCGGCAGCCUCUGGUCCCUCUUCGUUAACCACACUACCUGAGCACGAUCAGGAGGAGCAAGAGGAGGGCCGCAGGAUGCAUCAUGUCCCAACCAUGGAAACCAACCUCCUACCUAAAGGCGAAGUUCGAUUCAUAACUCAAUAUCAGCCCAAAGCACGUUCAAACUCCUCAUUAAAACUUCGACUUCAACCGCCCAAACUUCAGCUUCAACCGCCCAAACUUCAGCCCAAACGCGCAGCUCGAUCGCAGCCUCAGCCUCAGUCUCCCCCUGAGCCUAAACCUCGACCUAAGCUCGAAGCCCAGCAGCCCCAGCCCAAGCCAGCCCGUGACCCCGCUUCAGCAGCUCGCUCUACGCUAGGUCCUUUCAAGUGCACGCACGAUGGAUGUAAUGUCGCACCAUUUCAGACCCAAUACUUGUUGAACAGCCAUGUGAAUGUUCAUUCUAACGAGCGAACUCAUUUCUGUGCUGUCCAAGGUUGUCCGCGGGGGUAUGGUGGCCUGGGCUUUAAGAGGAAGAAUGAGAUGAUUAGACAUGGCUUAGUUCAUACGUCUCCUGGGUAUAUGUGCCCUUUCUGUCCGAAACAGUCACAUCGGUAUCCUCGGCCCGACAACCUGCAGCGACAUGUACGGAAGUAUCACUCCGAUGAAGAUCGUCUUGACCCUAAACUCCGCGCAGUCCUCAAUCAGCGCACCGAUGGAAACAACAAGGCGGAGAAAAGGCGUACACGCUUAUCCUAA